AUCAUAUAGGGACCUUGUUUCUUUUUAAGCAAUAAUAAUGGAAAAGAUGAAUUUUGUUAGAAAUGGAGUGAGCAGAUUGCCUCCUGGUUUUCGGUUCCAGCCGACAGAUCAAGAACUUGUGUUUCAGUACUUGAAAUGCAAGAUCUUCUGCCUUCCCUUGCCUGCUUCCAUUAUUCCUGACCUCAAUCUCUGCAACUUCGAUCCUUGGGAUUUGCCAGGUAACUCUGAUGAGGAAGAGAGGCACUUUUUCAGUCCAAAGGAAGCAAAAUAUCGAAAUGGGAAUCGCAUGAACCGAACAACCACCUCUGGAUAUUGGAAGGCAACAGGAUCAGACAAGAAAAUAACUUCUUUAAGAAACAAUGACAUCGUUGGUAUAAGAAAAACCCUUGUUUUUUACCAGGGUAAUUCCCCAAACGGCUCUAAAACUGAUUGGAUCAUGCACGAAUAUCGUCUUGUCUCUGCUUCUUCCAAGUCCGAGGAGGUCGGAGACUGGGUUCUGUGUCGAAUAUCCCUCAAGAAAACAAGUGGUGGUGACACGAGGAGGACGAGGAGUCACGUUCAGAAUAAUAAUAAUAAUAACAACGACAGGCAAGACAUGGUAGGUCAGCCAACAUUCUUUGAUUUUAUGAUGCUGCAAAACCAAAACCUCCAUGCUUCAGCAUCGUCGUCUUGUUCAAGCUCCAACGGUUAUGUAUCGGAACAUGAAGAAACAAGUGGAUAUACUGGUUUCUAGUUGAACAACACCAAAUCAGUUCUGGUUACUUCUUUUCUUUGUUUA